CAGAAAUAAUCCAUACAAUAGAUAAUUGACAAGAAUUCAGUGUAAUCCUUUCCUUAAGACACUGUGUUCCAAUGGCUUAGUUGUCCUUCGUAUCCAGCAAUGACAGGCAACCUGAGUGGGGGAGUUUUUUUUUAAAGUGGAAAAGCCGUUGCACUCUGGAAACUCCACUCUCCGCCUUGGAAGACCGGAUGUAGUGGUAUGGAUCGUUGUCACAAACUGGGGUCUUCCCUGGUUGCAGUAGAUGACCACGAAUUGUGUGCCUUGCCAUGCCCUUUGCUCUUCACGAAGUGUUGUAGAACCGCCUUUUUGCCCGUUGGAUCUCACUACUGCGGGAGCUGACUUCAAAUGCUAGGACAGACAUCUGGUUUAGUCCGCCUGUUGAAGCGGUAUACCGGGGUGUGGCAUGCAAACAGCUACUUGAAGCAACAGGUGAGAGCUGAGUGUCCGGUGGGGCUGGAAGGUGAGUGAGCUGCUCCAGAACGGACACGAUAAGCCCUCUCUCUCACCAGAGGUGCCUCUUCUACUGGACACCCCAUACACAUAAACGGCAAUGUCCAUACAGGAUGUACAAUACGAUUCACGGAUAACUAUUAUUGUGAUAAUUAUGUUUCCAUAUUUGUGAAUUUGAAAACUUUUGAAAAGUAAGACUGGUGAAAUACAAACUUGCUCCAGCAUCGGGAGGAGAAACCUUCAGAUGAAAGACCAAUAACGAGUUUGCCUGACUGUUGGGCUCUGGCCACGUGUGCACAAUCUGAGUGUCGUGUAACAUUCACAUCACUUGGUUUCUUUAGCGGCUGUAGUUAUAGCCAAGUGAUUCUGGAUUUGCCAAAUAUUGCAAGAUAUCGUGUAAGAAUGAGUGAAUUCUGGUUAUGUUUCAACUGCUGCAUUGCAGAACAACCAAGGCCCAAAAGGCGGCGGCGAAUAGAUAGAAGCAUGAUUGGAGAGCCAACAAAUUUUGUUCAUACAUCGCACAUGGGGUCUGGAGAUAUGUUAGGGAAUCAAAUUAACUCUUUAAAUGAUGUAUAUGGCUUAAUGAAAUCUAAGGGUGGCUAUGGGGACACCAUGCCAAUUAGUAUUCAGACUCUGCAUCUCAUCGAUUCAACAGCAGCAUAGGAUCAUCAGCAACGGAGUUACACAGAUCCAGUUAAUCCAUUAAUUCCUGGUUUCUUUAAAGUGUUCUUCUGUAAAUCCUUGAUUCUUCAAAACUAUUAUGCCAAAAUGUUUUGAUACAGUUAUCGAAGGAAAAAAAACCUGUGUUAAAAGUUCCUGCACUCCUUCCAGUGGAACUUGUUGCUCCUAAUACAAACUGAAAGCGCAUUGAUGAACUGCGCUUCAGAAGUAGAUGAUACAAUCUCCAUAUUGGUUAGGUCACUCAAAGUGGACGUUUUUUUUUAUUCAUGACUAUUUACAUUGUUUUGACUAGCAACAAUUUUUGGAAUCAUAAUUGCCAAUACAUAGUUGAGAAAUAAAACUUUUUAUCAGCUCUCAAAUGCCUGUAUAACCAUAUGGAGUGAUAUUUAAGUUUUGUGUUCUGUGUUUAACUUAUGGGUUCUAUAUUCAGAUCUUUGACAGCAUAAUUUUUCCAUAUAGAAUUGCAACUUAAGUGAAAUAUUGGAUGUCCAAUGACUUGAUAAUGGGAACUAGUUGCUUAAAUUCAUACAUGUUUUUGCAAAUAUUGUUUUUAAUAAAGUAAUAAAUUCAAGAUUGCUUAAUGUAUUUCCUGUAUACAAGUGUAAAAGAGAAUGAAAUAAUUGUUACUCUGGAUCCAAUGAAGGGCCAAAAAAUAAAGAUUUGAACA